UUUAGUGAGCGCGCUUCAGUUGACAUAGUCCUUGCCUCGUUCAAUAUUACUCCGUGCGCACGUUCCUCUUGAAAAUUUCCGAGAGAAAAUACUUCUUUUUUCAUAUUUUAAUUUGAGUGUUUAUUAAUCUUCUUUGUACAGAAACUACAAUAUUUGUUUUACAUUAUCAUUUAAAAUUAUCAAUAAGUUCCCGUGCAUGAAAACAUUACCCAUUUACAUGUGAUUAGUUUUUCAUUGAAUUCCAAAAAAGAGAAAAAAGAAACGUAUUAUUGCUCGGAACUUUCAUGCCGUUUCCAUAUUCGGUGAAAAAAUGGAUUAAAUUUUACAAUUUGGAACCAAAAUGUCUGGCUUAGUUGAGAAACGACGUAAACACCAUUAGUUUCUCUAUUUACAUAAGUGUUUCUACAAAUGAGCCAGAAAUUGUAGUUCCGAAUUGAAAAUGCAGUUCAAAUGAUUCUACAUGGAUACUGGACGCGCCUCAUCCGUGACUGAUCCCUUUUUCAUAUCUUAUAUUUCAUAGAGACAAAAAAUACAAGAUAAGAAUAACGUGUGCGGUGUGAUUCUCAGACACGACUUAUUGAGUGCAUGGUGUCCUCAAUUUUCGUUGUUUAUUUAUUAAUAUGUCCUCAUCUAACGGAACCGAUGACGAAAGGAAAAGUGAGCUGGAGCGGUUAUAUUCGCCGAGCCAGUGGAGCCAUCGUUACUCUGCAGAGGAGGUCAUCGCAAAACAUAUUCAGAUAAUAACUCAAGAGAGCGAAAAAGUACUUAAACUGUUCCCAAAGCAUGAGCUAGAAGUUUCCUAUGGCCAGGGCGACCGACAAAAGUGCGACAUAUUUUACCCAACAACAGGUCUGGCAGGUGCCUCCAUUUUAGCUUUCAUUCAUGGAGGAAUGUGGCAAAUGAUGGAUAGGACCCAGUAUCGUUCAGUUGCAGCAGGGUUUGCUGACGCAGGGUUUCAGGUCGUUGUUGCCGGGUAUGAUCUUGCGCCAACUGUGACGCUGGCGCAGAUGGAAUCGCAAAUCCAACAACUGGGCUCUUUCCUCCUCCAAAAAGCUGCUGAAAGUGGAUCCAGGGGCGUGUGGGUUUGCGGACACUCGGCUGGUGCACAUUUGGCAUCCCUUUUGUUACAUUACAAACCGGUUGUAGAGAAUUUACUGUUUCAAGGAGUGAUUCUGGUUUGUGGUCUUUAUAAUUUAGACCCUCUGUUAGACACGUCAUACAAUGAUGCCUUACGCCUAGACAGAGAGAAAGCACAAGACAUCAGCCCUGUGAGCCGAGGAUUUUGUGAUAAGCGAGUAAAAAUCUUAAUCAUAACAGCUGAGUUUGAUUCACCUGCCUUUAAACAGCAAUCAAUGGCAUAUUUUGAGCUCAUGGUCAAAAAAUCUGAAAAUAUAACUUUACUGGAGAUCAAGAAUGUAGAUCACUUUGACAUAAUUGAACAGAUGAGUAAUCCAAAAUUCGAACUGGUCUCGAGAAUAAUAGAAAUGGUGAGCAAUAAAGUUAGUUGAAUAUUUGGAAGAACAGAAUCUUUCAUUUGUCAAUGCUAUUUGCGUUGCCAUUUCAAGCCAAUGAAGCACAAAUUAAACACAAAGCUUGUAAAAUUAUAAUGUUGUAUUUCAGUUUCAUUUACAUGAGAAAAGAUACGUGAAAAUAGCAAUCUACAAUGGUAAAAUUAGAAUAAACUUUUUUUCAAGACAUAUUUCAAACCAUUUGUAAAAAAUUAUGAGAUCAUUUAUGGAACAGUUAUUUUUCCAAUAAAAAUAUUAUUAAAAUGUUAAA